UCAAUCACCACUUCUCACCCUAAACACAGCAUUUCAUCUCCAAUGGAAAAAAAAGGAGCACCUCCCAGCACAAACUUCCGACUCCUCUGCUGUGCCAUCUCCACUCUCCUCAUCCUCGCCGGCAUCACUGCCCUCGUGCUCUACCUCGUCUACCGCCCCUCUCGCCCCCACUUCACCGUGCUCGGCGCUGCCAUCUACCGUUUAACCAAAUCCGCCUCAGCUGUGCCAGCCGUCGCCAUCUCCACCAACAUGCAGUUCACGGUCGCAAUUCGCAACCCGAAUAGCCGCGCUGCCGUUCAGCUCGACCGCCUCUGCGCCUACGUUUCCUACCGCGAUCAGCCGAUAACUCCGCCGUCAUCGCUGCCGUCGCUGUAUGAAGAGGCGGAAGGUACUGUGGUGGUGUCUCCGGUCUUCGGAGCGGAUAUUGUGCCAGUUUCGGCCGAGGUCGAGGCGGAGCUGAUGAAUGACGAGGGUUAUGGUGUGGUGGCGCUGCGGUUGGUGAUCACAGGUCGGGUGAGGUACCGGCCCGGACCGUUUAAGAGCCGGUGGGUUGGAAUAUAUGUGAAGUGUGAUCUCUUAGUUGGGCUCAAAAAAGGUGCGUCGGGUCAGGUCAUGCUCUUGGGUCAGCCAAAUUGUGUUGUUGAUCCAUAAUUUCUUGGCCGAUGGGCUGCCAUAUAAAAAAUUAUAUAAAAUAUCCUAAUUCAAUUUAUAUUAGAUUAGACAAAAAAAGUUUUUUAAUUUAUAUUUAAUAUCAUAAAAUAUAUUAAUCUCAACAUCCGGGUUCGGGUCAA